UUCUAGGGGUGGGGUGGGCGAUUGAGAGUGUCGCGAGAGUGCCGUGGUGAGGCCGAGAUCAUCACCGAGCUGGUGAUCGUAGCGGACAGAUCAGGCGGCAGCGGCAGCGUCGGCCACUCACAACCCGUUGAAACGUGCGCGUGGACGGACGGUUUCACGGAUUUGUCUUCCCCAUAUCGAGACGUAGCAGUAGCUCACUUCUUAUUGUCGUCCGGAUUCCGGUGGACCAGCAGUCCCGUCUUGUGACUACUUCGCGCAGUUCAGUGUAGUGCAAUAAGUGGUAUUGAGGUGCCAUUCCGUGCCAAAAAGGUGCCAAAAGGUGUAAAGUGUCCCCAGUGGUUGCGCGAAACGUCUCCAACUGCAGGUGGAUUCAGCAGCAGAAGCACCAGAAACAGAAGAAGCAACAGGAGAAGCAUCAGUAGAGCAGCGUAGAACAAGCAACAAGCAGGAACGCGCGGAAUGGGUGUCGACAAGAACUUCGAUCUGGAAGAGGGUGCCGCUCGGUUAAAGGACUGGUUGGCGACGCAGCCACAUCUGCCGCAAAACAUUCAUCCAAGGCUACUGCAGCGUUACAUCCACUCGACGCACGGUGAUCUGGAGUACGCGAAGAAGAUCUUCGUCCUUGGGUACACGAUCCGGCAGAGCAAUCCGCACAUUUUCGAUGAUCGCGAUCCACUCGGUACGAAAGUGCAGAGCAUUCUGAAGGCCAUUGACAUGGUACCGUUGCCACCGGUGGAAGGAUGUGAGGACAAGUUCAUCUUUUACCGUCUGGUGGACUGCGAUCCGGAUAGGUUCGAUUUCAACGAUGUUAUCAAGACGUUCUUCACGAUCGCCGACCUGCGCAUGAUCCAGCCGGACGUACCAAUGAAUGAUGGCGGGGACGUGCCGAUCUUCGACAUGAACGGAUUCACUUUGCGUCACCUGACCAAGGUCGUCCUGUCGACGCUGCGUGUGUACAUGCGCUACACACAGGAGGCACACCCGGUUCGCCUGAAGGCCAUCCAUGUGAUCAACUGUACGCCAUUCCUGGACCGAGUCAUGUGUCUAGUGAAACCGUUUAUGAAGAAACGUGUCGCUGAAAUGCUACACUUUCACCUGCCCAACUCGAGCACGAUCUAUGCGCACAUGCCGAAGGCCGCCCUUCCGGAUGAGUACGGUGGUCAGCAGUCCAUCGUGAAGCACAAGGAGGAUUGGUUCGAUCGUCUUAGACUGCAGCGGGACUAUAUCACCGAUGGGACAAGAUGGAAGAUCGAUGAGUCGCGUCGUAACGUCAACAAUGAGCUGUGUGGUUCUCUGCGAAAGCUGGAAAUCGAUUGAAAAGCGACUUUUGUGAAGCGGUUUAGGGGUGUGAUGCAGCGAUGCAGCGAGAGUUAUGAAGAGAAGAAUGUAUAUUUUUUUUAUAGACGACGGCGCUGUGGUGACGUGCGUGAGACACCUAUACUUUCAUACGACCAGUAAUAUUGACUGGGUACUUAUAGAGGGCACUGAUGAAUGAAUAAAGUUAAGUUUUUCAUUUUUGUA